CUGGUUGAAAUAAACAUUUUCAUAGUAGCCUAUUUCCCAUUAUGGCUCACCAAGAGUUUUGUUUGAAAGGCAUUAAAAGCCUGUCUCUUAUAGACACCAUUCCCAAAUGUAGGCAGGGUGAGAGUAAAAAAAUCCCAGGCUAUUAUUUAAAGUUUUACGGUAAUUUAUUCUGAGGGGACAUGGAUGUGUGUGCCAGAUUUCAUGAUCAUCAAAUCGUUUUCAUUUCAAGACAUUUCACUGAGACCCAUAACCAAAUGUUAGCGCUAGACGAAAAGUCAGAAGGAUGUGUUGUCUGAGGAUCAUGAAUGUUUGAAUGAUCUGCCAUAAAAUAGACUGUCAUGAAUUAAUUUCAUGGUAGUCCAUUUAAUCGUUGUUGAGAUAUUCCAUUCUGGAUCAAAGGGGUCCAACAGCAGACCGACUGACUGACCAUUAGUUGGUUUUGGCAUCUUAAUGUGUCUUCAUUGAUGCCAGCCAUAUAGGUCAUUGCCACUGUAUAACUCGUGGUGUUGGCAGGAAAUGGUUUAAACAGACGUGACGGAGCUUCAUGCUAAAAGAAAACCAUGAGUCAUUUUGCCAUGGAAAUGUUGACCAAUCAACAACACCUUGAUGUAGUUUCCGUGAAAGCAACACAGUUGGACAGCCUGGAAAUCAACGCGCGCACACAUGAGAGACAACCCCCCCACCUCCCCCUCAUGCAUCCUCCGCUCUGUCUCUCUACUAACUUUUAUGUAUAUUAACAUCUGUAAUCCAGAGUGUAUGUAUCUCAUUUCUUCUACAGCCGCAAGAUACAAUCUGUAAAAUUUAAGAACACAGAUAAUCUCAGAAUAUUCACUUUUACCAUUUUUAAUUUCUGAGCAGGAGUCAGAGACGGUGCUGCAGAGAGAGAAAAUAAGCACAUGUAGCAUUUUAGAAAACAGGCAGCGUCUUUUAGAGCUGGGUUAACCACAUGCAGAUUUCGGAGGAGGGGAGCUGCCUUCAUCAGCUGAGCAGUUUCACAUGACAAGUGAAAGUGUAUUAUAGGCCAGCAUGCACAAGUGACAGAUGAAGUCAUAUGUGGCAGCCUUACAACAAGUUACCUGAAUUUUGAAACAAACUGUUCUGCACAUGGCAACAGGAAACGUCUUGGGGAUGUAUUUCUGAGCAGCAAAAAGGAAGAGUUCAAAGGAGAGAACAUUGCAUCAUGCGGAGAUAUGUGCUAAGCUAGAGCAGAGCAGAAAAUCUACAUGAACUAACUGAACCAAACCAACACAUGGCGGUUCACAGUUCAGUUAAUGGGACAACGGCCAUCCCGUGGAAGGGCAGCAGGAGGAGGCUGUCGCUGCUGCAGCAGCUGAGGGGAUGUCAGGAGGCCUGGUGCCCCGGGGCACCCUGGGAUAGAGAGGGGGCCCACGCUGCUCUCUGUGGAACACCUGCGGGGAGUUUCCUGGUUGUGCGGGACUCUGUAACGUCUCAGCCCAGCCUGCUGUGCGUGUCUGCUGGAGGAAAGAAUGAAGCAGUUCUUGACUACAAUAUCAGAAGCACAGGCACAGUCUUCCAGCUGUCUGAGUCUCGUCUGUCUUUCUCUGAGUUGGCUCAGCUCGUGCUCUUCUACUCUCUGACCAGGGAUGUGGUGGCUGUUUGUCUUUCCAUUCCUCGCUGGAUCUACAGUGUAACCGAGAAGAGCAAAGAUUGUCUCUCUCAACUUGAACCGGAAACUUGGCUCUCACCACCUGACCAACAGACUGAUGAAAUGACCCACGGGGAGACAAGCAAUUUAAUGUGCUCCAUACAGCUGACCUCCACCAACGGGGCACUGUGUAUCAUCAAUCCCCUCUACCUACGUGAACACGGAGAUGAUUGGCUGACCAACAGGCCGACUGCCGUGAAGUGCCCCACCCAGUCAUCAACUCUCAGACAAGGCCGACGCCUCAGCACCAGCAGAACAUGGAGAGGGGCAGCGUUACAAAAUAAACGAGCCAUCUCGCUGGAACAGGAACCUUCUGCUGCCAGUAUUGAGAGUUCUGGUCUAACCCGAGCAAAGUCAGCUGAUUCACCACAUUGUCCCCCCACCCCGUCAACACCAGCUACUCCAGCAGGGGUGGUUCUCAGGAGGCCCAGCAGAGAUUCUGGCUCCAGCAACCUUGACAGAGUGAGCACGGGGAGCCUUCCUCCAUCUCCUCCCUCCACUCCUGAAAGUUCAAAUCGCUCGUUGUUUGAGUCGCCUCGCCAUGGCAGCCCCGUGCCUCAGUCCCCUCACAGGGUGUCCUGGAUAGAAGAUGGAGUCUGGCUUCCCCCGCCCAGGCCUUCCUCUUUACUCCAGCCCCCAUCACUAGAGCUCGACUCGCUGUCAAUCAGCAGCAUAGAGGAAGAGCAGGAGUCCCAAACAUCAAGCCCUACCACGCACCACCAGUCGGCGCAACGGCUGGCUGACAAGGUCAUACACCGGCUCUCAGCGGUUGGUCAGGCUCUUGGUGGACUGGUAAGUCAGAAGAAAAGACUAACCAAUCGUGUGCAGGAGCUGAGCGAGCGCAAAGGUGGGGCGUUUGCAGAGGCUGUGAAAGGAUUUGUGGAGAUGACACUGAAGAGAGGGACUGAUCCCGACGGGGUCAGGGGGACCGAAUUCUUACAGGAAGUGAGGUCAUCGCUCACGUCACUGAGGGAGACACUGUUGGACCAUCCAGACAUCCAGACAUUGUUGGACAGCAUUACUGACAUAAAUGACUCAGAGAUCGACUCCCUGGUAGAGCUUUCCCUCCACAAGGUGGCUCUGAAGCCCGUCUCAGCACACCUCUACUCCUGCAUUCAUGCCUCCCGGACCAACGACGGCACCUUUGAGCGCCUCCAGAGCAACCUGCGUGUGCUGGAACGGAAAGGGAUAGACGACCUGGGGGGUUCGGCUGGAGUUGGUGUUCCCGAAUCUCUUACCCUGGAGCGGAUCCAGCAGAGGUGGACUAGUAUACAUGAGGCCUACUCCCCGAACAGGAAGGUCCAGAUCCUGCUCAAAGUCUGCAAGACCAUCUAUCACAGCAUGAGCACUAAUGCUAGCUCAGGUACAGUAUUUGGAGCAGAUGAUUUCCUGCCGUGCCUGACGUGGGUGCUGCUCCGUAGCCCCGUUGUCACCUUACAGCUAGACACGGACUACAUGAUGGAGCUGCUGGACCCCACACAGCUACAGGGAGAGGGUGGCUACUACCUUACAACUCUAUACGCCUCUCUUUACUACAUCAGCAGCUUCAAGCCACGAGUGGCCGCUCGUCAGCUCAGCGUCGAAGCCCAAAACUCUCUUAACCAAUGGCACCGCAGGCGCACCCUGCACUGCAACCAAUCCCGCCGCAGCAAUCACCGACGGACCAUUCGCAGGCAGGCGUGUCGGGAGAGGGCUACAGAGAACUCUGAGACAGAAACUGGGAGUAAAGGGGAAAGUGGGAAAGAAUCUGACUCUGUUAGUACUGAUGAGUCACAGCAGCAGACAGAAAGCCCCAAAGAGGCUCUGCAGCUGCUGAAGGAAGAGAAUGGACAAGGAGCUGAGGACGAGUCACAGACGUCCACUCUAGCAUCAGACUGUAAUCAGCAAGACGUAAUAAGGAGCAAACAGGAGGAGAGACAGGCUCUAUGUAUGGCAGGAGAAGAGAACCACAGAGGACUGUAAUGGAGAGAAGAAGAAGAAUGGACCUGACAAGCAAUGAAUGGCGGCCACACAUUUUUGAUCCAAUUAGAGAAUGUCAAAUUAGGCUACCUCAAAAUCUUCUCAGACAAACCCUCCCAAAAGCUGCCACAUAACCCAUAAACAUGUCCUGCUCAGAUUCAUCUUCUAUAGAGGGCAAGAAAAGCUUUUGAUCAGUGUCAUUAACACGCUGGUCUCAGUUAUAUUAUGAACAUGCCGGUACUCAUUAUACUGUUGCCUGAGUUAGUGGUCGCCAACCUGGGGGUCAGGAGUCCUCCAGGGGUCCUAAGAUAAAUUUAAAGGAAUUGUUUAAAGGGAUGAAGAGAUUUUUAUUUUGCAUUUAGCACCUAAAGCUGCUAAAUGCCAGAUAUUUCCCUCAGGAGUUGGUGGAGACCAAAGCAGAUUAAAAAGGAGAGAGAAUAUGUUGCUCUGUGUCUACUGUUUGCUAACAUGUUAGCCAUAACACAUUAGUUAUCUGAUAGGUGUGUAUUUUCGGCUUGACGUGGCGUUCUUCUGCCCUGAAAGUGGCCAGAAAAUCAAUAAUUUAAGCUUAAAAUAAUCGUUACCUAUUUUGCCGGAUAUCAUGGUAUCUUUGUUUUAGUGCUAUAAAGCCUUUUACUUCAGGGGCAUGUCUUUCUGUUCCUCUCUAACUCAGUGACGCUCUUUCUGAUUUACCAAGACUGAAUAUAAUGCUGUUGAACUACCCCUUGAGCUUUUCUCUUUUAUUUAUACACUGUUCCUUCUUUGAAAUUUUAUUUAUAAAGCCAAAGUGCAUCAGGACUUUACAAAGACAAGCUCACUUUGUGCUUCACAAGAAAUCUCAAAACAUAAACAUGUUUUCCUCUUUGGACCACUAGAGGGCAGCAUUAAACCUCCUGUGAGAUGUAUAGCUUUUAGCCUAUUAAAGGUUUUAUUUACAGUUUGCAGAAUAUACACAGUAUUGAUUUUUAAUUGAUGGAAUAAGAUAGCACUGCAUUUUUACUGGGGAAUAUAGUAAAAAGAAAAAAUAUAUAAAAUCUGUAUUGGUUUAUGGAAUUUUCAAAAAUACUGAGAGACAAUGUCACUGUAUGCAGCAACAGCUGUGCAGCUGGUGGGUCCCUGCAGAUGUUUUUUGUUCUCACACAUAAUGCCCACACACACACAAAGUGACAUUGCAUGCACACAAUACUAUAAAUACUGUAGCUCACAUGGAGUAGGUUUAAGGCUGCCUCGAAGCAGGAACAGGAUUGCACGUGUAGGAGAUAAAGUUGAGGCUCUGAAAAUAUGAAAUUGCAGCUGAAAUUAAAGGAGUUGAACGAGCAGUUGUGGUUCCUCACGUUAGCGCUGAUAGUAGCAAUGCCAGUUGCAGUGUAAAGAUUUUAAAAGAUGUUGCAGAGAUAAAGUUAAAGUUGAAGUUAAAGCAAUUAAGUUGAAGUUGAAUCACAAAAUCUUGUUGAAAGGGAAGUUAACGCUGAAGCACUGAACGUUGUUAAAGUAUUUGAACGUCAAGUAGUAGCUGAAGUCAGUUACUGUAAAUGAGUCUGAAAUGCAUGUUUAUCAUUUUACCUCCCUCCUUUUAUUAAAUGCAUUUUCAUAUUUUA